AUGAUCGUCACAGAUGACUUUAAGAAUGAUAAAAUAUUAGAUCUCGCCAUUACUUCUCAAACCGAUGGAGCAGUAAGCAUUGCAUUGGAGAUCGGCGACGACUCCUUCCGGUCUGACACAUCUUUAUAUGUUCGCAGCUAUCCAACAUGUAUCGUAGUGGUUGACUUGGACGCUGACAAUCGCCUAGACCUCAUCAUUACCAUCAGUCAUGCAAACACUGUCAGUGUUCUGCUUGGCAAUGGCACUAGUGAUUUCAAAGAAACAGAUCAGUACACUACUGGUGAACUACUAGCAUUUCUUGCCUAUGCAGGUCUCAAUAGCGAUGGAAAGAAGGGCAUCGCAGUGGCCAAUCAGAAAGGUAACGGAAAUAGCACCCUUCGCGAUGAAUUCAGUAUUGCACUUGAUGCGCAGCCAGUGUCUUUCAUUACAACUGACUCGAACAACGAUAACAAAGCUGAUCUUCUGUUUGUCAAUCAGAAAAACAACUCGCUCAGCAUCUAUGCAGGCUAUGGAAACGGAACUUCCUAUAAGUGGACAAUGUUUACAGCGAGUCGAUCGGUGACUGCAGUUAUGGCAGGUGAUUUCGAGAAGGACGGUCGGAUUGAUCUGACAAUUACAAGCAAUGGUCGUAAUGUAUUGAGUGUGAUGUUUAGAGAUGACAAUGAAGCAUUCUUUGUACAGCUGAACAGGACUGUCGGUCGAUAUCCUAGUGCUAUCACUGCAGUUGAUUUAGACAAAGACGUCAAAUUAGAUUUAGUAGUAAUCAAUAGAAGUGACAAUACGAUGAGUGUAUUGAUGAAUUACGGAGGUCGCAAUUUUUUCAAUCAAACCAAGCAUUCAACAGGAAUCAUACUUAGUGCGAUUACAGUUUGGUUAUCUGAAUAA